AUGAAUUGUAUUUGCUACCUUACUCUGUUUCAAAUAACUUACUCAAUUGGUGAUAUGCUGAUUUAUGUGCUUUAUUCUGAGAAAACGAAUUCAAACUUGCAAGCAGAUAUGAAUAGUAGCUUACAUAGAACGAUUAACCAAAAUGAAUCAUACUUCGAUGUACAGCUGCUAGAAAUCGAUACUGCUUCAAAUUUAGCUGAUAUUUUAGUAGCUCAACAAUUUUUCCUUACUGUAGACGCAACUUUCGAUUUACACUACAGCAAAAUAAUAAACCAGUACACUGAGGAAAAUAGCAUUAUAAAUCUUAUGUUAAGUCUUGAUUCCAGCUUUGAUGGUGAAUGGCAAUUUUUUCUUCACAAUUCUGCUGCUCAACAUCAACAAGUCGCUGAAAUGACUAUUAAUUAUUUUGGGUGAAAGAAUAUGGCAAUAAUUUCUGAUGAGCAAUCGAUAAAUGUAAAUAUCGCAUCAAGUCUUGAAAAAAUGCUGAAAAAUCGUGUCUCAUUAAAGUUGAUACUUCCUCAGUCAAUAAAUAGAGACAGUGUCGAGAGCUUAGUUGGCAAAAUAAUUAAGCCAAAUGGCAUUCAAAUGUUUUAUAUUUUGGAAGAAGGCGAAAUUUUUAUUAAUUUUAUUGACUCUCUCCCUCUGUGAGAGAAAACAAAAAUUUUUUAAUAUAAACAGUUUUAUUAAAAAGAAUUUGAUAUAUAAGUGAUAAUUAUUAUAAUGAAAUCUCUAGCUAAUUCUUCUGAAUUUAAACGGCAGCAAAUUAAAUUAAUUUUACCUCUCAAUUUUACGAAUUGGAAUUUUUUUAAAUUUGGAAAAAAUUUACUAUAAAGCUUAUAUAUAAUUUUUUAGAAGAAAAUUAAUCCUUGAAUGAACAAAAUGUUUUUGGUCGCUAACAGAAGGAGGAGUGAGAAUUUAAAAAAUAAAAACAUUUAUAAAAAAGGUGCUGGUGUUUUAGGAGGAAGUUCUAGCAUUUGAGCAGCUAGCGAGAAUGGAAUGCUUAUAUAUGUUGAAAAAGGACUAGAGACUGCAAAAUCUUAUGCAGAAUAUGAAAUGCUAGCGAUAAAAUAG